AUGACCGUCCCCGACCUCAACCCUCAAAUCUCCGUCCUCACACCAGACCCCCCUACCACCCACCGCCUCAACGCGUGCGCCUACCAACAAAGCGCCCUCACAACCCUCGCCCACACGCAAUACGCCGCCUUCUACACCCCGACGCCCGACCCAACCACGCGCUUCCUCACCCUCGCGCGCCGCGAUCUCUCCAACCAGACCAGUGAAUGGCACCACCUCACCUUCACCGACUACCCCCAGCGCACCGACGACGGCCACAACACCAUCUCGCUGGGCAUCUGCGCCGGCGACGGCACCAUCCACCUGGCCUUCGACCACCACUGCGACACCCUGCACUACCGCCUCUCCCAGCCGGGGCUGGCCUACGACACGCGCAAGACCAGCUGGACGGCUGCCAGUUUCGGGGCCGUGCAGUCCCAUCUGCCGGGGUGCAGUACCUUGCAAGACGUCACGUACCCCCGAUUCAUCCCCGCAGGGAAGAACCUGUUCUUCGAGUGUCGUAUCGGACGUGGAAGAUACACCCCCCACCCCACGCCCCGCGCCCUCUACCUGCACGGCCAAAAUUGCAACCCCUACCCGAACGGCCUCUCCUUCCACCCCCCAACCAACACGCUGCACCUGACCUGGACGAACCGGCACUUCGUCCCCUACGACGGAGCAGGGGACCCGACCUCCACGGCCCACAAGGCACAGGCGGGGCCGAACGGGCCCGAGAAUAACGAGGGGCUAUACUACGCUUCCGCUGAGGUGGACACUAACCCUAACCCCGCUGACCCAGACAGAACGGUAAGCGUGCGGUGGCGGGGCGCCCACAAUGCAGAUGAGGUUCUUGCAACCGGCGCGUUCGGACACACUCUCCCCGACGAACAAACGACGGGCCUGGACUCCCAGGACCCCCGGCUCCGGGUCAGGGAGAUCCCCCGCGGCAGCGGAAUUAUGAACCAGGAGGGCCAGGUUGUCGAUGCCGAUGGCGGGGUGCAUGUGUUGAAUCGCGAGAAGACCCGCCAGGGCCGGGAGGAGUGGGUGUAUUAUGCUUGUCUUCCGGACGGCAAGGGGGAGGCAGAGGUCAAGUGGGAGAGUUGGGCGUUGGAGGGGGUAUAUCCGACGGAGACGGGGUUGAGGGGCAAGGUGGUCUGCUUUCGGGGUGGGAUUUGGUUUGUCUUGCCGGAGAAUGAGAGGGAGGAGUGGGUGCUGGCGCGGUGGGGGAGGGAGGAUGGGUUGGAGGUCGUGUGGCGGGGGCUUGGGUUUACCGGGGAGCCGGUGGUGGAUGAGCGGGCGUUGGUGGAGUUGGGGGUUUUGUCGGUGUUUGGGUUGAGGGUUGAUGGGGAGGGCAGGGAGGUUGUGGUCGUGACGUUUGGGUUGGAGGUGUUGAGUUGA